UGGAAGAGGAAGCGGAAGAGGAAGAGGAAGAGGAAGCGGAAGAAUACAACCUGAAGGACACGGAAGAAGCGCAGCUGCUGUAAGAAGAAGAAGAAGAAGAAGAAGAAGAAGAAGAAGAACGCGUCAUCGGUGUUUACUGCUGGACCCGUGACGUCAUCCACCCUCGACACACGCUGGGUCCUGAAUGGCGGUGAUGGAGGCGCGCUGCUCCUCGAACGUGAUGCUGCGGGAGUUCGCCUGCGAACAGAACUUUCUGUCUCAACCGGACGGAUCCGCGUCCUUCGUCCACGGAGACACGAGUGUGUACGCUGGCGUCUAUGGACCGGCUGAGGUCAAAGUCAGCAAGGAGAUCUAUGACCGGGCGACUCUGGAGGUGGUGAUUCAGCCCAAAGUGGGACUUCCAAGUGUAAGGGAGCGAUCACAGGAGCAGUGUGUGCGAGAAACCUGCGAGGCGUCUCUGCUCUUGUCGCUUCACCCGCGCUCCUCCCUCACGCUCAUUCUUCAGGUGCUGCAUGAUGACGGCUCACUCCUGUCCUGCUUGUUGAAUGCAGCCUGCAUGUCUCUCAUGGACGCGGGCCUGCCGAUGAGUUGCCUGUUCUGUGGAGUGACCUGUGCCAUUGACGCAGACGGUCAAAUCAUCACAGACCCCACUGCCGCUCAGGAAAAGGAAAGUCGAGCUUUGAUGACCUUCGCUAUCGACAGCAACAAACACAAUGUAUUGAUGUCCUCAACCAAAGGAUCGUUUUCAGUUAACGAGCUGCAGCAGUGUAUAGCAGUCAGUCAGAAAGCCUCCGAGAAGCUGUUCCAGUUCUACAGGGACUCUGUGAGGCGGCGGUACUCCAAAACCCUCUGAUGGCGAAGCAGCGUACUUCUUCUGGUCUUUUUUUUUUUUAUAAAAACAAAUGCAAACAAAUACUGAUGUUGUAAUAAAAUAUUUAGCGAAUA